UUCCUCCUCAAUUUACCAAAAAAGAGUUAGAUGGAUACAAGUAGUAAAAGCAUUAGAGUUCUUAUGUUGCCAUGGCUUGCUCAUGGCCACAUUUCACCUUUUUUACAGCUCGCCAAAUCCUUAGCAAAACGAAACUUCGUCUCCUACAUUUGUUCUUCACAAAUAAAUCUGGAUCAUAUACGCAAACAUCUCUCCCCAAAGGACUCCAUCUCCAUCAAGCUCGUCGACCUCCAAAUCGCCGCCACCCCGGACCUCCCCCUGCACCACCACACCACCAACGGCCUCCCGCCCCACCUCAUGGCUCCCCUCAAGAGGGCCCUCGACCAGGCCCGCCCCACCUUCUUCACCCUCCUCACCACCCUCAAGCCCGACCUCGUCCUCUACGACUUCCUCAUGCCAUGGGCACCCGAGGAGGCCACCGCCGCCCUCAACAUCCCUGCCGUUCUCUUCUUCCCCACCGGUGCCGCCUCCAUCUCUCUCCUCGCGCACCACUGGCUCGGGGGCGCCUCCGGUUAUCCCUUCCCGGCGAUAUACUUCCGUGAGAACGAGCACGAGAUCUUCAACCGCUUGGUGAACUCCGCCGGCAGCGACACGGAGGACCAUGUUAGGGUUCAGGACUGCCUCCGGCGAUCCUCGGAGAUCGUCUUGAUCAAAACAUUUCGAGAGAUGGAAGGGAAAUACAUUGAUCUUUUGUCGAAAUUGACGCAGAAGAAAUUCGUGCCGGUUGGCCCUCUUGUUCAAGAGGUAGGACAAGAUGUCGACGACGACAUGAUCGUGGAAUGGCUCGAUCGGAGAGAUCAGCGGUCGACGGUGUUCGCCUCCUUCGGAAGCGAGUAUUUCUUAUCGGAGAACGAGAUGGAAGAGAUAGCGCACGGGCUCGAGAUGAGCGGUGUUGGCUUCGUGUGGGCGGUUAGGUUUCCGGCGGGAGAGAGUAAGACGGUGGGGGAGAAGCUGCCGGAGGGGUUUGUAGAGAGGGUGAGAGGGAGGGGGAUGGUGGUGGAGAGGUGGGUGCCGCAGCAGCGGAUACUGUCGCGGGAGAGCGUGGGGGGGUUCAUGAGCCACUGCGGGUGGAGCUCGGUGAUGGAAGCGUAUUGUGGGGUGCCGAUAAUCGCGGUGCCGAUGCAUUUGGACCAGCCGUUGAAUGCUAGGGUGGUGGAGGAGGUGGGGAUAGGAGAGGAGGUGGUGAGGAGUAGGGCGGCGAAGGAGAAGGGGGAGGUGGCGAGGGUGGUGAGGAAGGUGGUGGUGGAGAAGAGUGGGGUGGGGGUGAGGCGGAGGGCGGAGGAGAUGAGCAAGAAGAUGAGGGAGAGAGGAGAGGCGGAGGUGGAUGGGGUGGUGGAGGAGGUAGAGGGGUUGUGUAGGAGAAGAGAGAGAUGUAAUCUCGUCUCAGAGAAUUCAAUGGAUAGGUUGGACGUUUUUGUUCAACAAAAUAGAGAAAAAUUGUUGAGUGAAAAUACAUGAGACUACGCUUCAUUUCUAUACUAGUUUGAUCAUCAAUAACAUUUUUAGCAACACGCGUUUCUUGUAUGUACAAUAUGAUAUUUUGUAAAGUUUAUCACACCCUUCUUCCUUUA